GCUAAACUUUCAGCUUUUUCAUAUUUCUGUUUAUUCUACGGAAGACAUCCACAUAUUCUAUGGAAAACAUCAAAAACCCUAAAAACGUGGAUGAUGAUUCCGAUCGCAUAUCAAGAAACAGUCAUCAAAGCGUUGAUAAUUCUAUGUCAAGAUCUUACAUAUGCAGUUUCUGCGUAAGGGGAUUCUCGAAUGCUCAAGCACUAGGAGGGCAUAUGAACAUCCACAGAAGAGACAGAGCUAAUCUCAGACAAAAACUUAUGGAAGAUAACAAGGAUGAUGUUGUCUGCGAGAGUGAUUCAUCAGACGUUGUCUCUCUAAAUCUUAAUGAAAAGCAAGAACAAGACGCUUUAGCAUGUGAAGAUGAUGAUCAAGAUCAAGAUGUGGUAAAGGAUAUAAGUCCUGUUCAGAAAUUAGGGUUUUGGGCUCAAGAAAGCAAGCCUGAUACUAAUGAUGAAGGAAAAGUCAUGGAGGUUGGCAUAGAUGGUUCGAGUUCGAGUACUCAUCAUCUUGAGAUUGAAGGAUUGGAUCUUGAGCUCCGGCUAGGCCAACGCUCCGUGGAGAAGAAGACAACAUAAUGUCUCAAUGAUCAUGAUAUAUUGAUGGCAGUGACUAUUUGUUUAUAUCAAAAUAUCUGGAAACAUCAGACUUUUGAAUCCGUCUAUUACAAAUGGAUUCGUGGAACAAUUUGUAUUGAAGGUAUGCAUGUAUAUAUAUUAUUGCUAAUACUAUCCUUGUUGUGUGUGUUUCCCUGCUUUGAUUAAUUUCACCAACUUUUGUAAAUGAUGU